AUGAAAGUUAAUGACAAGCCUAUUCGGGUAAUGAUAGACACGGGCGCUACUUAUAACUAUUUAGCCUCAACUCAAGUAGAGCACCUUGGUCUAGUUGUGGGAAAGAGAAGAGGUCGUAUCAAGGCUAUCAACUCACCACCUCAGCCAGCGGGUGGAAUAACCAAAGGAGUGCCAGUGAUGUUGGGUCCUUAUGAAGGAAAAUUCAACUUGCGCGUGGUGAUCAUAGAUGACUUCGAGCUGAUAGUUGGGUUGGAAUUCAUGAGUGACGUUGACAAAACUCCUAAAGAAAGUCAUGCCUUGAGAUUAGGGUCCCAAGCGAGCGGAGACAUCAAUGCAUUGAAAGUGGCUAUGUCUAGUAGCCUGGUCUUGGCCCUUCCUAAUUUGGCCAUACCAUUCGAAGUACAAAUGGUUGCCUUUGACUAUGCUCUGGGCGGAGUCUUUCUACAAGAAGGGCAUCCAAUUGCGUACGAGAGACGAAAGUUGAAGGAUGUAGAAUGGCGUUAUGCCUCCCACAAAAAAGAAUUAUUGAUUGUCGUCCAUUUCUUACUCCUUUGGAGGAACUAUCUGUUGGUAACCCCGUUCGUAGUCAAUACAGACAACACAGCUGUUAUCCAUUUCACGACCCAGCCAAAGCCGAAUGGCUGCCAAGCCAGGUGGCAAGAACUCCUAGCGGAAUUUCACUUCAACCUUGAGUCCCAAAGUGGGAAGACUAACCAACGUGUUGAUGCACUCAGUCAGAGGGCUGACUUAGCAUCAUCAUGCCUAGUUUCCACCCUAAGGAGGAGCGAAGUGGCCACCACUAUAAGAGACCAGAUACAAAAUCUACUCCCAAAGGAUCCUGUUGCACAAUAUUUGGUCUAUUUGGUGAAAGGAAACCAACUUUAUGUUCCUAAAGGAGGAUAUCUACGAAGGACUAUUCUGAUGGAAUGCCAUGAUACUUUAUGGGACGGCCAUCCAAGUGAAGAACACACAAUGACGUUGUUGCGUCGAGCUUAUUAUUGUCCUCAAAUAGUUGAUGAUGUUGCUCAGUAUGUGAAGACUUCCCUAAUAUGCCAAAAAGACAAGUCAGACCGCUUGACACAAGUGGUAAUUUUAGAGCUGUUGCUUGUUCCAUAG